AUGCUGGCGUUGUUAAACCACCCUUUCGUCCAUCUGGCCGAAGGUCGCUGGGUCGUGCUGCUGACCAUACUUCUCAUGUACGCCGGCGCCGUGCUGCCUUUUAUGUACUGCCUACAGAUGCUCUUCAAUGAUCCGGAUGAGGGAGUCUCUACUGUCAUAUUUUUAAACUUUAUCAUGGGUAAUUAGACGUGCAUGUUUUUUUUAACCUCUUUAGUUAUACAUACAUAUUUGGGUUACCUAAGCAGUUAUACUUACAUAUUUGGGUUACCUAAGCAGUUAUACUUACAUAUUUGGGUUACCUAAGCAGUUAUACUUACAUAUUUGGGUUACCUAAGCAGUUAUACUUACAUAUUUGGGUUACCUAAGCAGUUAUACUUACAUAUUUGGGUUACCUAAGCAGUUAUACUUACAUAUUUGGGUUACCUAAGCAGUUAUACUUACAUAUUUGGGUUACCUAAGCAGUUAUACUUACAUAUUUGGGUUACCUAAGCAGUUAUACUUACAUAUUUGGGUUACCUAAGCAGUUAUACUUACAUAUUUGGGUUACCUAAGCAGUUAUACUUACAUAUUUGGGUUACCUAAGCAGUUAUACUUACAUAUUUGGGUUACCUAAGCAGUUAUACUUACAUAUUUGGGUUACCUAAGCAGUUAUACUUACAUUUUUGGGUUACCUAAGCAGUUAUACUUACAUAUUUGGGUUACCUAAGCAGUUAUACUUACAUAUUUGGGUUACCUAAGCAGUUAUACUUAUAUAUUUGGGGUUAUCUCAGUAUUUAUACUUAUAAACUUGAGCUACCUCGGCAAUUAUACUUACAUAUUAGGAUUACCUGGUUAAUUACACAUUUUCACUGACAUAGUAGGCUAACUUCGGUAAUAAAUCACUUCAGUCAUUAUACAUUACAUAUUUACUUGGUUCACUUCGGUAAUUCUACUUACAUAUUUGUGGCAUUGUAUAAUGAAAUUAAUUGGAAAAAGAACACUUUUUUUUAAAAUUUGUUUAAUUCUUUUUUUUUUAAAAUUAUUAAUUUGUAAAUAUCUACAAGCCUCGCUUGAACGUAAUCAAAUGUGUCCAUCAUCAAGAGGCGCGUUUGCCUUCUCGGGUGGGUUUUUCUUGGUACUGAAGACCUGCACACCCUUGACGACACUGCUCUAUGCUAAGGUUAUAUUUAGUCAAAGAUAAAUGUUCGGGGGUUGGGUUGGGGUGGGGGUGUUGUCGUCGUCUUUCCAAAAAUAAUAAUUUUAUAUAUAUAUUUUUUUUUUUAAACAUAACAAAUGCAGAUUUCCUGCUGGCGCCAGCUUUGACCCGCUCGUCCAAGUCCAGUCCAACUCUCGGGUACAUCCAUGCUUCAUUGACAGUGGUUAUCCCGAACUACGCGCUCAAAUUGAAUGUCAAACAGUUAACAUCGAUGGCAAACAUCGGCCCCAAGAGAGGUAAGUGGAAAGAAAAGAAAAAAAAAAGAGUACUAAUUAAACGAUUAAUGAUUUUUUGUAUAACUAUAAAUUUCCCUUGGGGUAUCCAGCGGCGUAGCGAGAGGCGAUUAGCUGUUGGGAACCAUCUUAUAAUUCUAGAAGAAUAAUCCUAGGCUUUGUGGAUUUCGUCCUGCGAAGUCUUCACCGUGGUCACAUUGUGACCGACGGAUGCCAAAGAAAAAAAAAAAAAAAAGCACCCACUAAAGAACAAAAUUUACCGUAAAUACAUGAAUCCCACAGAGCCCUUACCCUAAUUCACAAAACGUGUUGUUGUUUUUUUUUGCCCUGGUAUUUUGAAACCAUUAUAUAAUUGGAUUUAUUUCUCAUAUGAAUGGAAAAAUAAGUCGUUCUUUAUGUCUCGAAGAUUUUUUUUUAUUAAUUAAACUUUUUUAUCUAAUAGUAUGUGCAUAUAAUAUCCAUAUACCCGUGUAUUUUUGUUGUUUUUCGGGACAAUUUCUUAAAAUAAUAAUUUAAAAAAUGAAAAUAAAAAAGAUUCAGCAUAAGCCCUUAUAUUAUUCCAGCCCCUGCUCUGGAUUCUGCUUAAAAGAAGGGCUUAUUGUGUAUCAUCAUGGGCGUUAUCGUGUGGGGGGGGGGGCAGCAUUAAUUUUGUUUAGGACAUUCUAUUGCGAGACUAAAAAAAUUUAUUACGUAUUUAAAAGGAUUUGUUACAUCGAAAGGAAUUCCCGAUUUAAAAAAAAAAAUAAUGAGAACUCAUAAUAUGAAGUAUUCAUAUGCAUUAAUUAGAUUUAAUUGUUGUUAAAUUGAGAAAAAAAUGAGACAAGUAGAAUUUUAAGUACGGCGAUAUCAGCUUGUAACAAACGCACUCACAGCUAUCUCUCGGUUUGGCUACUUUUCGAGAAAUUUUAUCAAAGAGUCAUAUCCACGACAACUGCUUUAUGCCUCUUGUAGCCGUUCACCUGGUUGUUAGUGACACAGGGGUGAUGGUUAACUAAGUCUGUAACUGUCACUGCCACAUCAAGACAUCAACGACGCAAUUUAGUGGUUCUCAACCUUCCUAAUGCCGCGACCCUUAAAUACUGUUUUUCCUGUUUUAGCGACACCCAACUACAAAAUUAUUUUUGUUCAUAACAGUAUAAAAUAUGUGUUUUCCGAUGGUCUUAGGCGACCCCCCUGAAACCUGUGUUUCGUGACUUGUCUAGCAGGAAAAAAGCAGGCUAUAGUGGCUGUCUUCAAAUGGCGGGUCGUGUUGAAGGUUACUGUGGCAGUUUUGAAUUUGGGGGGUCUGUUGCAGGCUAUUGCGUCUAUGUUAAUAUGGCGGGAUUGUUUUAAGGCUAUUGUGACAGUGUUAAAUGAAAGGAUAUGUUGCAGGCUAUUGUGACAGUGUUAAAUGAAAGGAUAUGUUGCAGGCUAUUGUGACAGUGUUAAAUGAAAGGAUAUGUUGCAGGCUAUUGUGACAGUGUUAAAUGAAAGGAUUAUGUUGCAGGCUAUUGUGACAGUGUUAAAAAAAGGAUAUGUUGCAGGCUAUUGUGACAGUGUUAAAUGAAAGGAUUAUGUUGCAGGCUAUUGUGACAGUGUUAAAUGAAAGGAUAUGUUGCAGGCUAUUGUGACAGUGUUAAAUGAAAGGAUAUGUUGCAGGCUAUUGUGACAGUGUUAAAUGAAAGGAUAUGUUGCAGGCUAUUGUGACUGUGUUCAAAAGGCGGAAUUUGCUAUAACCAGUUACCUAUUUUAUCUCUAGAUGGUUACUUUGGGCCUGAUCCCAAUGACGACUUCCGCAUUGACUACUACCUACUCUUCC